AUGAUUAGUGAUCAAGGCACUCAUUUUUGCAAUCGGACCAUUGAAGCUUUGAUGAGGAAGUAUGGAGUUACUCACAAGGUUUCAACACCCUACCAUCCUCAAACAAAUGGUCAAGCCGAGGUGUCUAAUAGGGAAGUUAAGUCUAUUUUGGAAAAGACCGUGAAUCCCACCCGCAAGGAUUGGAGUUCCCGUCUUGAAGAUGCAUUGUGGGCUUAUCGGACUGCCUACAAGACCCCUAUUGGCAUGUCUCCAUAUCGGUUGGUUUUCGGUAAAGCGUGUCAUUUGCCUGUGGAGUUAGAGCAUAGAGCUUAUUGGGCAAUCAAGCAAUUGAAUAUGCGCUUUGAUGGAGCCGGAGACCAUAGGAAGCUUCAGUUGCAAGAGUUGGAGGAAAUCCGCGAGAGUCCUAUGAGAAUGCAGCCAUCUACAAGGAGAAGACAAAAGCUUGUUGUUAAAGUCUACCCUCAUGGUGCAGUUGAUAUCCGAAGUUUGAGUACGGAUAGUGUUUUCAAAGUGAAUGGCCAAAGGCUUAAGCCUUACUUUGAAAUUGCGAAAGUGGAGGAUGUAGAGUUUUUGGAACUCUAUGCCCUCGCUAUGACAAUGGUAAGAAAGCGUGGUCGUACCCAAGGUUCCAAUGAGCCUGAGGCUCAUGAGGAACCUGCUGCUAGUGAGGUGAUGAUUGACACUAUGGGGUUAACUGGACUCAAUAGGGAGCAAAAGGUGACUUGGAGAAAUCUUUGUCGAUCAAAACGAGUUGUCUAG